CACAGCGCGUGUAGUCAGUCGGUGAUUUUGCGCGAAUCAAACCCGGUUCAGAUUGUCUGGACACACACGCGUUUAUUUGAGCUUCGUUCGCGGACUGAUUCUUCUGGAAAGUUCGUCGGUGUUUGUGGAUGAAAUGUUUGUGUCCGUGGCUUUGCUGAUUUUAAUUCAGAGCGCAGCCGUCGUCCCUGUCACCGUCACCAGCCGCAGUCCUGGAGUGGAAGUGCAUGAGUUCUCGGACGCUGAGCUCUCCUGUGAGUUCAGGACAGAAAACGACAAUAAUCCUCGCAUCGAGUGGAAGAAGAUCGACAAGGAUGUGUCCUUCGUUUAUUAUGACGGCCGUUUUGUAGGGCCGUUUCACGGCCGCGCGGAGAUCAAGGGUGCGACGGUGCGAUUGCACAGAGUGACUCAGACCGACGCGGGCAAAUACCGCUGCGAGGUCAGCGCUCCGCAGGACACCGUCACGCUGGGAGAGACCAACGUCACGCUGACAGUGCUGGUGCCUCCGCACACGCCGUCGUGUGACGUGCCCAGCUCGGCUCUGACGGGCUCUCUGGUGCAGCUGCGCUGUAGGGACCGUCACAGCAUCCCAGCCGCCGUCUACACCUGGUUCAAAGACAACCGCGCUCUGCCCAUCCAACAACCCAACGCCACAUACACCAUCGACGAGAAGACCGGCGUACUGACGUUCCAGAAGGUCAGCAGAGCCGAUGCGGGUCAAUAUCACUGUGAGGCCAGAAACGGGGUGGGACCCGGAAAGAGCUGCCCGUGGACACACAUGCAGAUCGAUGAUCUGAACGAGGCGGCGCUGAUCUCUGGAGUGCUGCUUCUGGCUCUGCUGCUGUUUCUCUGUGCGUUCGGAGGGUUUUACGCUCAUCGGCACGGACUCUUCAGCCGACACAGAGGAAGUCAAAAUUCAGGCUACAGUCAUCCUCCCAAAGAACCUCAGGAUUUCAAGCACACUCAGUCGUUCAUGCUGUGAUGGGAAGAGCACAGACGGAUGGAUGGAUGGGGAUUGUUGUGACACUGGAAGAAACAGCUGGAAAAACUCAAUAACAUUCAGUCUCUGCUGCAAUGAUGCUCCUCUGAUGGUCUCCCGAAGCCUUAAACCAGUCGAUGACCUUUGACACGCCGUGCCUUUAUUUCAACUCAAUCAUGUCUGUAUCCGAGUGUGGAAUGGGCUGAAUUAUUGUACAUUUUAUCAGUAUUUCUGUUUUUGUUUUGGAAUAAAAAUAUCUGCUUUUUGUCUGAGUGUAUCUGAAUUGGAACAUUUAUUUAUUUAGCAGCUGCACGGUGAGCAGAAAUGAGAUUUCAUGCUGAAUUACAAAAUUGAGACCGAAAAAGAAAACGGUAUUAAAGCGUUAGUUAGGCUUCGUUUGUUAACAUUAAUGCUUUCACAGACAAUAUGCUUCUCACAGAAUUUGUACAGAGUUCAAGUUUGU